ACGGGCUGGAGUUGAAGUUGGGGGAACCCCUCAAGAGCCGCUUGGACAGUUCUGCUGGGUGGGAGGAAGGAGGAACCAGUAAGCGAAUAAGGAUGAUCUAGCAGACAGUGAAGUCUGGGGAGGCAGUUCUAGCAAACAGCCUCGACCCUCGAUGCAGAACAACACGCACGCCCAGAGCGAGCCUUCCAGGCAUUCGGCCCUCGAUCUCCAAUUAGCUGUUCUGCGACAUCUGCCAACCCCCGUGUUGGUUCUCUCCCCGAGCCGAAAGGCCGUGUUCUUGAAUCGAGCUGCCGAACGGGCCAUUGGAAGUUCGGACCCCAUACAAUCGGGGACGAGUGCACUCGGGCAGGGCCCUGUCGACUUGGGGAUCAAUCUGCUGUAUAAUCGGAUGUGGAACGUGGUCCUGGAUAAACUUGUGACGGCACAGAAGGAAGCCAACUCGGAUGGGAACACUUGCCCGGUCCACAAACUCGACGCUGUGGUUUCGAACACAAACCUCACGUACGAAGAGAGGCAUUUUCGGAUACUGGCCUCUAUAGUUACGGCUGAUGAUGGGAUGUACUUUCUGCUUUCGUUUGAACGGGCUGCACAUAUCGAGAAGCAAAUAAAACCCCACCAUGACGACCAGAUCUCCUCCCCUGAUGGAGGCCAUCCCGUUACUCCAAAUGGAGCGCAGCAUGGCACAGCUGUGGACGGUCGGAGAGACAUCCAUCGGAUCAAGAAAGCCGUGUUCGACAGCAGUAAUAUAGCGUCAUUCAUCUUAACUGUCGAUGAGAAGUUCUAUUUGACGAACAAGAAAACGAGAGAGGUUCUUGGAGAUUUUAUGGGUGGAGCAGAGGGCUGUGAUGGGUUGAGCUUGAGAGAGAGGCUGGAAAUCUGGGAUGAGCACUUUACAAGGCCACUCGAGCAUGCUGAGUUCCCCGGAAUGAAGCUGGUGAGGGCGAAGAAGCCAUUUACAGGCUAUCGAUGCGGGUUUAUGCAUACCAUAACGGGCGAUAAAGUUGUGAUGAAUGUGAGUGGGGAGUGUUUAUAUGACGACGACACGGGAGAAUUUAUGGGAGGGAUCUGCUGGUGCAGAGACCUACAGGAGUAUGGAGAUUUCUUGAGUGAGCAGCAGCAACAAACGUUGGAAAGUCACGAAACGAUUUGCAACCUGAUGCCCCAUCUUGUUUGGACAACCACGACGGAGGGUCUUUGCGACUGGUUUUCUCAACGGUGGUACGAAUUUACGGGUAUGAAUAAAGAAGAAUCACUCGGAGCUGGAUUCCAAAACGCAAUACACCCUGAUGAUCUCCCGGUAUUGAUGGACAAAUGGGAGCACCAUCGAAAAUUAGGAAACGAAUGCGAGGUUGAAAUAAGAUACCGACGAAACGAUGGGGUCUACAAGUGGAUGCUUGCUCGAGCUUGCCCCUUAAAGAACGAAUCUGGCAAGAUAUUGAAAUGGUAUGGAACGAACACAGAUAUCCAUGAUCUGGUCAUGGCUCGAAUCGAGGCAGCGAGGAACAAACUUCAAGUACUCACCGUGCUUGCACAUGCGGAGGUCAACUUGUUUUCUAUCAACAAAGACCGAAUAUGUACGAUGGCCGAAGGUGGCAUGCUCUGGGACUCUGAAGCGGAAUCAUAUGAUAUCAAUAACAAGUCGACACUGGUUGGAAAAGAUGCAAUCGAAAUUGCACAACAGACUCAGCCCGGAGGUGUUCCUGGCUACGAGAGGAAUGUCAUGGAGGUUCUGUCCGGGAAGGUUGGAGUUGCGCAGUCCGAAGACAGAAUUGGGGACCGAAUAUUUCGAACUAGAGUUGUGGCAGAAUUAGAACAUAACUCGAGUGAUGGCGGUAAGGAACCAGAAGUGAAAGGGUGUCUUGGAUUAAGUAUUGAUGUUACGGAUAUGAAGGCUCGAGCUGCGUUAGAGUUGGACAAUGCUCGAUUGAUGAUGGAGGAGCAAGCUGCAAAGGAUUCGAAUCGAGUGAAGAGUCAGUUCUUAGCAAAUAUGUCUCACGAAUUGAGAACACCCACCGCUGGAGUGAUUGGAAUGGUCGAGUUGCUCAGCGAAGAUCCAAAUCUGACCUCGGAGCAGCAAGAAUAUGUCAAUAGCAUUCAACUAUCUGCCAAAGCGCUUCUUACAAUCGUCAACGACAUCCUAGACUUCUCAAAGAUCGAAAGCGGCCGCCUUGACAUCGAAGAGGUACCUUUCAAUCUCGCAUCGAUCAUCAGCGAGCUGUGCAAAUUACUCGGCAUGUUCGCAAACCAAAAGGGAUUAAAGUUCGGUUACGAGAAUACUAUGGACGAGAAUCUCGAACUUUUUGGAGACCCUGGACGGACAAGACAAGUGCUGUCCAAUCUUCUGACGAAUGCUUUGAAGUUUACCAAGGAAGGAUCUGUUCACUUAACAGUGUCAUCAAGGGCAAUGAGUCCACAGUUGGCCGGUGACGAGGUCCUGGAGGUUCAGUUCAUCAUCGAAGACACGGGAAUUGGUAUCGAGAAGCAUGUGCUUGAUAAAUUGUUUAGGCCGUUCAGUCAGGGCGAUUCCUCGACUGCCCGCCUGUUUGGCGGGACAGGACUCGGGCUUACGAUUUCAAGAAAUCUGGCAAGCUUAAUGAAAGGCUCCAUUACCCUCGACUCCACACCCAACGUGGGCAGCAAAGCAAUCUUCACCGUUCCGCUAAAAGUCUCCUCUUACUGUCGCAACCCACGCCUCGACGCCUCGACCUCCUCCCCACCACAUCCAGGCUUCCGUCUCUCCGCCCGAACAGGCAAGAAGUUGACACCAACGUCAACGCAGAACGUAGCUCACCGCUCUAUAAACCAAGACCUCCUGAACCAACAAAUCUCCAACAGCGUGACAGAUUAUUCACCAGUGCCGUCACCUCCAAUGGAUCGGUCACUUCGCCACGGCUCUGUUGAGGGCCUUUCGCCUGGUACUCCACUUCAAUUGUCUGCAGAGCAAAGGAGUAUGGUUCAUAUUCUGGUUGUGGAAGAUAACGCAAUCAACCAAACCAUAGCAAUCAAGAAUAUUCGCAAACUCGGUUUUCCCGUAACAGCCGUCUGGAACGGCCGCGAAGCCCUCUCCUACCUUCUUUCCCCAUCCCGGACACAACCAAGACCGUCGAUUAUCCUCAUGGAUGUACAGAUGCCGGUUAUGGACGGGUAUGAAGCUACGUGUAUCUUGCGUACUGGGAAGGAAUAUUCUCUGGACCAAAUUGAGUCGAAAGAAAGGAAUGCCGAUGGCGAUGCUAUUAAAGGGCCAGCUGAGGGGAGUGGGGCAAGGGCGAAAGUGAGGCUGAGUGACAUUCCUGUGAUUGCGAUGACCGCUUCAGCCAUUCAGGGCGAUAAGGAGAAGUGUCAUGAGGCGGGGAUGGACGAUUAUCUGGCUAAGCCGGUGGAGAAGGCGAGGCUGGAGGAGAUGCUUCUUAAGUGGGCAGGGAGGAGGAGGGGGGGUUGAGAGGAAAAUAGAAAUAGACAAAUUCGACCUCGUUCAGUGUCAGAGAGUCCAGGAUAUUGGCCCAAUGAUCAAUUAUCUGAUGAUACCAACCUCGUGGAUAUCUAUGAAAGAAUGGAC